CUUUUUUUUUUUUUCAAUUCAACAGUAUGGCAAAGGGAAAACAGUCGGGCGGAAAUAACAAGGGAAAAGCAGAUGCCAAGAAGGAUAAAAAAGAAGAAGGUGGUAAAUUAAAACCUGCUAAUGCUGUCAAGGUUAGACAUAUUUUGUGUGAAAAGCAUAAUUAUGGAAGCUUUAGCUAAAAUCACUGAAGAAAAUAUGCGAUUUGACAAGGUAGCUGAAUUGUAUAGUGAAGACAAAGCUAAAGCAGGAGGUUCAUUGGGUUGGAUGAAUCGAGGUAGUAUGGUGGGUGCAUUUCAAGAUGCAGCUUUUGCUUUACAACCAAGUACUUGUGAUAAACCAGUUUUGACUAACCCUCCCGUCAAGACUCAAUUUGGUUAUCAUCUUAUUAUGGUGGAAGAGCGCAAGUAGAAAUAAUAGU